AUGUUCACCAAUUGGCUGACGGGCAGCAGCAGCAGCAGCAGCAACAACAGCAGCAGCAGCAACACAACUGGGAGCACCACACCGGCCAUAGCACGCCCAUCGGGAUUGGGAGUAGGACUACCCGGCAAUGCCACCUCGCUGGUCAUGAGCUCCCCACCGGAUGUCAUCCUGGAGGUGGGUCCAGCGCCCAGCAGUGUACGUUUUGUGGCCCAUUCCCUCGUCCUGGGGAUGCACAGUGGCUAUUUACGUUCCGCCAUUCGUUUGGAUGAAGCCUCAACCAUGGCCACCUUGGCAGCGGCAGCGGCGGCAAAUGGUAACUCCUCCAGCGCCACGGGAACGGCAACGGGAGAGCUGCUCCUCUAUUUGAGCAAUGUGACAGCGGAUCAAUUUGCACCAUUGCUCACCUACAUGUACACGGGAUACUUGGAUCUGACCGUGGACAACAUAUUUGCCGUCCUAUUGGCCACUCAUGUCCUGCACAUGCCAAGGGCCCUGGAGAUAUGCCGCUCCUUUUUGGCCCGAGCACAAACCGAGGGCUAUCUUAAUGGCAAUCCUGGCCAGCUUUGUCCAACAGCUGCUGUGCCCAGCAGUGGGGCCAAGGUUAUCCGGCCAAUACCCAGCAAGGCCACAAUGCCAAAUUUCGGUUUCAUGCCACACAUGCCACAGGCAACACCCGCAGGAGUAGCUGCACCACCUCAGGCACCACCUGCUCCUCCUCCACCUGCACCUCCAGCGGUUUUCCUCAACAUGGAAGUGGCUGCCACCAGUCCACGUGCUGCUUAUAACGAAGAGGAUAAUGAUGAGGAGGAGGACAUUGAAGUCUUUAUCGAUAGCAAUACGGUGACAGAUAAUGAAUUGGAUCCUGAACAUGAACAGGAAGUGGAACCCGAUGUGGAUAUGGACUGUAAUGUAUCCGUGGUGAGUUCCCUGGCUGGAAGUAGUGCUGGAAGUCUAAAUAUCGAACGACUGGAUGUCAAGCCAACACCAACAGUAGCAGCAACAACUCCUGCACUUCCAACUUCCAUUAUGGCAACUCCUUCCAGUGGAAAGUUAUCAAAAUCCAAAAGGGAAAGUACACACAAGGGUCAGGGCAAAAAGGGAAGAUCAAGAAAAGGCGGAGGAGGAGGAGGAGGAGGAGGAGGAGCAACAUCUACCAGUGGAAGUGGCCUUCAGGUGGCCAAGGCUCCUGUCCCGGCUGCCCAGCUGGAGCAAUUGGGUUCCUCUGGAACAACAACCACAACACCAUCAUCCGUUUCCAAAUUCAUUAUCGAUGUGGCCAGCUGCGAUGGACCCGUACGCUUUCGUCGCAUCUUAAAUACAGCCUAUGGCCACAAGCCCGAGGGUAUGGAUACCAAUCAUCCGGCUGGCGGAGGUCUAGCCACAUCAUCAGCAUCUGGAGGAGGAUCCUCCUCAGAGCAGCAUCGUAGCCAGCAGAGUGUUAGCUAUUCAUUUCACCAGCAAAUGGCCAGGGCCAUCAGCAGUCAGCAGCGACAAUUGAGCCAUCAGCAGCAGCAGCAGCAGCAGCAGCAGCAGGAGGAGAGUGAGAAUAGUGGGGAUGCUGUGCAAUCGGUGGCCACCUCCAACUCCUCCAGGAAGCAUUCAACCCAUGGUGGCUCAUCAGCAGGAGCCUCAACGAGCGGUGGUUCCUCCAAUCAAGAGCUCUACGUUUGUGUCUAUUGCAAGCACACCUUCAAGUCGCAAUAUUGCUAUCAAAAGCAUGCCAAGCGUCAUCUUAAUCCUUUGAGCUUAACCACGACAACGACUACGACCACGAGUGGUGGCGAAAAGAAGCUAUUGGCUGCUGAGCCACCCACAACCUUGGCCAGCCUUGAGGCAGAUUCCCUAGUAACAGCGGCAGCCACAGCGACUCCUGCUGCUGCAACAUCAGUUGCAGGUGCAACGGGUGCUGCAUUGCUGCGUCGCGAGGUACGACCCUUGGACAUGAAUGUCCAAUAUUAUCCCUGCAAGACAUGCGGCAGUAAAUUUCCCAGUUACUAUUUUGUUCACAAACAUCGAAAGAUGUGCCACGCCGAUGAAAUUGAAGCGGCGGCAAGCAACAAUGCAACGAGCAACACGAGCAACACGAGCAAUGCCAGCAGCAGCAGCAGCAGCAACAACAGUAACAAUAGCAGCAGCAAUGUGAGUAAGAGGGAGGUUCCUGCUCCUGCUCCUGGUCCUGCUCCAGCUCCUGCUCUAAUGGAUACUUCUGGAGAGGAUCCACAACAACAGAACUAA